AUGAAGCGAUCUAUCAAAUCAGCUCAAUCUUCAACAUUGGGGCGUUCCGCUGGAACAAAGGUUACGGCAGGAGGUUAUGUGAACACUAAAUCGGCGCGCAAUGAUGGAGCUUCAUCAUGUACUUCGUCUAGUUUGACUCUUUGUCGAUCACUGUCGACAGAACGCCAGCGCAACAUUCAGACUUCUGAUAUUGGAAUGCCGGUCAAAAAGUCGAUAACAGAACAGUUAAGAAAGUCUUCCGCUUGUGAUAGUAUCAGUAGAGUGAGUAUAUUUAUCACUAUAUACGUUUCCAGUAUCUUGACUCGACGGAAAAUUGGCUUAUAUAUUUUUAUCAAAAUCUUUUAUGACUCAUUUAUAAUGCUGAAACUUUUGGUUAGCCUUUUUACACUGGUAUUAUGUAGAUAUAUUAAGAACUUUAUAAGUCUGGUAUUGUUUCAAAUUAUAUUACCAUUUUGCUUUACUCCUCAAAAACUCAGAAUAAAUUUAAUUAAUAGAUUAUAG